GGGGACGGGGAGGUGCUCGCGGAUGUCGACGCCGCUGAGGUCGACGAGCUGCUCGCCUGCUUCAAGAGAUAUCGGCUAAGAAGCAAGGUUGAGAUAGAUAAUGUAAGUGAGGAGUUUUUGUGCUGGCAAAGAUUUGGAAGUGAUGUCGCACAUUCUGAACCUUCCACUCAAGAACCCGAGGCUCAAUCCAUUGGAUGGGGACAAGGCAGUGACCAUGCUGCUGAGUCAUCUGCACAAGGGAACGGUCAUGGUUGGCAGUGGCUCAAAGAUCCUCGGCUUGACAUUCUUGGCUACAGAGGAAUAUUUCCAGCUGAUACAAUACCACCACUUGUUGAGGCUGACAAAGAAGCAGAUGAACGCCAUUAUUUGCUUUGGCGUAUAGAAAAUGGGGUUGCAGAAGGCUCAACUGAGAUACCAAAAGGUGAAGCAAUCCCACUCGAGUACAAUCUUGCAGGCCUGAAUGCUAUUUCAUUCGACAAGGGGUGCUAUAUUGGUCAGGAGCUGAUCGCACGCACACACCACCGUGGUGUCAUCAGGAAGCGCCUGAUACCCUUGAAGUUUGUAGAUGAAAAUGACAAAGAACUCGAGCAGGCUGUUGCUCCUGGCUCAGAUGUCGUGGACGACGCCUCUGGUAAGAAAGUGGGUACGGUAAGCACCGCUCUCGGCAGCCGUGGGAUGGGUCUGUUGCGGCUCGAAGCAGCACUGAAGGAAAACGCUAUCCUUGCCAUCAGCGACAACAGAGAUGUGAGGGUCAAGGCGAUUAAGCCAGACUGGUGGCCGGCUGAGUGGACAGAGGUCUUAGCACAGCAGAGCGCAGUCGCUUGAUCUUUUAAAUUUCCAGUACCUGACCAAAAAUUCGAGCGAAAUGAAGUAAUGAAGUUCUUCGUAGUUCAUAGAGGCAAAUCUGAAGGAUCUGGGCGCCAAUUCUUUCAUAGAGGCGCUGUGAGUAGGGGUGGAGUUUCAGACAGUUUAGCAAAGGUUACCUGACUGUGGUCUGUGGUCUCUCAGUUUCUGGGCCUAGUUUCUUGGUCUACUGUCUUAUCAAUUUCUGCACCUAGUUUCUUCCUUACUGUACUCCCUUGUGGCAAAUGAUAGAUCAAGAAUAAGCUACUGUGUACAAAUUAUACACUAAAAAUAAGUCUCCUGUUUUAGGGUUUGCCAGUUCCCAAAUGUUUUCUUUCGAACAUC